GGUUUGGGCCGCCCCGCCUGGCGCUGUGCUGGGAGGAGCCGCCGCCAGUCGCGCGGUCAGUGCCUCCCUCUAGACUCGGGAGGGCCGAGGGGGCGCGGGAGAGAGGGCGGGCGGCCGCCGGGGCUGGUCGCCUGCAGGGAUGGGGGACGAGCGGCCCCACUACUACGGGAAACACGGAACGCCACAGAAGUAUGAUCCCACUUUCAAGGGACCCAUUUACAACAGGGGCUGCACGGAUGUCAUAUGCUGUGUGUUCCUGCUCCUGGCCAUUGUGGGCUAUGUGGCUGUGGGCAUCAUAGCCUGGACUCAUGGAGACCCUCGAAAGGUGAUCUACCCCACUGAUAGCCGGGGCGAGUUCUGCGGGCAGAAGGGCACAAAAAAUGAGAACAAACCCUAUCUGUUUUAUUUCAACAUUGUGAAAUGUGCCAGCCCCCUGGUUCUGCUGGAAUUCCAAUGUCCCACUCCCCAGAUCUGCGUGGAAAAAUGCCCCGACCGCUACCUCACGUACCUGAAUGCUCGCAGCUCCCGGGACUUUGAGUACUAUAAGCAGUUCUGUGUUCCUGGCUUCAAGAACAAUAAAGGAGUGGCUGAGGUGCUUCGAGAUGGUGACUGCCCUGCUGUCCUCAUCCCCAGCAAACCCUUGGCCCGGAGAUGCUUCCCCGCCAUCCACGCCUACAAGGGUGUCCUGAUGGUGGGCAAUGAGACGACCUAUGAGGAUGGUCAUGGCUCCCGGAAAAACAUCACAGACCUGGUGGAGGGCGCUAAGAAAGCCAAUGGAGUCCUAGAGGCGCGGCAACUCGCCAUGCGCAUAUUUGAAGAUUACACCGUCUCUUGGUACUGGAUUAUCAUAGGCCUGGUCAUUGCCAUGGCGAUGAGCCUCCUCUUCAUCAUCCUGCUCCGCUUCCUGGCUGGUAUUAUGGUCUGGGUGAUGAUCAUCAUGGUGAUUCUGGUGCUGGGCUAUGGAAUAUUUCACUGCUACAUGGAGUACUCCCGACUGCGUGGUGAGGCCGGCUCUGAUGUCUCUUUGGUGGACCUCGGCUUUCAGACGGAUUUCCGGGUGUACCUGCACUUACGGCAGACCUGGUUGGCCUUUAUGAUCAUUCUGAGUAUCCUUGAAGUCAUUAUCAUCUUGCUGCUCAUCUUUCUCCGGAAGAGAAUUCUCAUCGCGAUUGCACUCAUCAAAGAAGCCAGCAGGGCUGUGGGAUACGUCAUGUGCUCCAUGCUCUACCCACUGGUCACCUUCUUCUUGCUGUGCCUCUGCAUCGCCUACUGGGCCAGCACUGCUGUCUUCCUGUCCACUUCCAACGAAGCGGUCUAUAAGAUCUUUGAUGACGGCCCCUGCCCAUUUACUGCGAAAACCUGCAACCCAGAGACCUUCCCCUCCUCCAAUGAGUCCCGCCAAUGCCCCAAUGCCCGUUGCCAGUUCGCCUUCUACGGUGGUGAGUCGGGCUACCACCGGGCCCUGCUGGGCCUGCAGAUCUUCAAUGCCUUCAUGUUCUUCUGGUUGGCCAACUUCGUGCUGGCGCUGGGCCAGGUCACGCUGGCCGGGGCCUUUGCCUCCUACUACUGGGCCCUGCGCAAGCCAGACGACCUGCCAGCCUUCCCGCUCUUCUCUGCCUUUGGCCGGGCGCUCAGGUACCACACAGGCUCCCUGGCCUUUGGCGCGCUCAUCCUGGCCAUUGUGCAGAUCAUCCGUGUGAUACUGGAGUACCUGGAUCAGCGGCUGAAAGCUGCAGAGAACAAGUUUGCCAAGUGCCUCAUGACCUGUCUCAAAUGCUGCUUCUGGUGCCUGGAGAAGUUCAUCAAAUUCCUCAAUAGGAAUGCCUACAUCAUGAUUGCCAUCUACGGCACCAAUUUCUGCACCUCGGCCAGGAAUGCCUUCUUCCUGCUCAUGAGAAACAUCAUCAGAGUGGCUGUCCUGGAUAAAGUUACUGACUUCCUCUUCCUGUUGGGCAAACUUCUGAUCGUUGGUAGUGUGGGGAUCCUGGCUUUCUUCUUCUUCACCCACCGUAUCAGGAUCGUGCAGGAUACAGCACCACCCCUCAAUUAUUACUGGGUUCCUAUACUGACGGUGAUCGUUGGCUCCUACUUGAUUGCACAUGGUUUCUUCAGCGUCUACGGCAUGUGUGUGGACACGCUGUUCCUCUGCUUCUGUGAGGACCUGGAAAGGAAUGACGGCUCUCAGGAGCGACCCUACUUCAUGUCGCCCGAGCUGAGAGACAUCCUGUUGAAGGGGAGUGCGGAGGAGGGGAAGCGGGCGGAAGCCGAGGAGUAGAGAGUGAGGGAGGCUGGCGUGGGGGCCAGGUUUCCUCCAUGUAGAUUGGGGGUGCAUGAAGCGGGGGGGCUUCCUGGCCUGGGAGUGUGGGGAUCCUGUGUGUCGCUCGGAGCCCACUACAGUCUGCCCCUCUCUGGUCCCAGUGUGUCUGCUUUCUAACCCUCUGAGGCUUCUCUGUGACCCUCGUCCACCCACCCUGUCCUUGAGGCCCCUGCCCGUGGGCUCCCCUCAUGCCUCCUGCUCUGGGACCUCUCUCCACAGUGGAGGACCUGGAGAGGAAUGACGGCUCGGCCGAGAGGCCUUACUUCAUGUCUUCCACCCUCAAGAAACUCUUGAACAAGACCAACAAGAAGGCAGCGGAGUCCUGAAGGCCCCGCGCUCCCCACCUCUCAAGGAGCCUCACGCUGCAGGGUGCUCAGUAGCUGGGUCCGUACCCCCAGCCCCUUGGGCUCACCUGAAGUCCUAUCACUGCCGCUCUGCCCCGCCCCAUGAGCCAGAUCCCACCAGUUUCUGGACGUGGAGAGUCUGGGGCAUCUCCUUCUUAUGCCAAGGGGCGCUUGGAGUUUUCAUGGCUGCCUCUCAAGACUGCGAGAAACAAGUAAAAACCCAUUGGGGCCUCUUGAUGUCUGGGAUGGCACGUGGCCCGACCUCCGCAAGCUCCCUCAUGCUUCCUGUCCCCUGCUUACACGACAACAGGCCAGACCACAGGAAGGACGGUGUUUGUGUCUGAGGGAGCUGCUGGCCGCAGUGAACACCCACGUUUAUUCCUGCCUGCUCCGGCCAGGACUGAACCCCUUCUCCACACCUGAACAGUUGGCUCAAGGGCCACCAGAAGCAUUUCUUUAUUAUUAUUAUUUUUUAACCUGGACAUGCAUUAAAGGGUCUAUUAGCUUUUUUUCCAUCUGUCUCAACAGCUGAGAUGGGGCCGCCAAGGAGUGCCUUCCUUUUGCUCCCUCCUAGCUGGGAGUGACUGGGGUGGGAGUGUGUGUGCCCAGGUGGGGGUGUCUCCUGGCUGGGAAGGAGGGAGAGGGAGGGAGAGUUUUGCGGGGGUUGGCAGUGGAGAGCGGGCUGGAGAUGGAGAGGAGAUCGCUAAUAGCUGUUUAAUGGAAACCUGCUGGGCUGGAGGGAGUUAGGCUGAAUUUCCCGACUUCCUCUGCCAGUUAUUGACACAGCUCUCUUUGUAAGAGAGGAAAGAAACUAAACCCACCCAAGGGAUGAUUUCAGGGGGAGAGGUGGAGGGCAGAUGCCCUGGGCAAACCGGGCCCCUCUGCCCACACACCUUACUUGAUCCUUUUGCCAAACUUGUCAAACUCAGGGGACCUGGCUUCCCAGUUGCCCCUUUGCCAUAUUCCAAGGCCCCCUCAGAUUUCACGUCUCUGCUCAUCAGCACUGUCCCAGGAUCCUGGAGAGGGAGAACCCCCGGCCCCAGGGGAAAGGGGGGCGUCUCCCAUUUCCUGUGCCUGCGCCAGCCCUGCCCCCAUUGCGUCUGCACACCCCUGCGUGUAACUGCAUUCCAACCACUAAUAAAGUGCCUAUUGUACAGGUC